AUGGCAGUGGAAGCCGAAAUCGAAACCGCCGGGUCGGACUGGGCCACCGGUGCAUCCGACGCCGGGCCGGCACUUAUUAUGCCGCGGAAAUAUUCCAACGACAUCGGUAACCGUAACCGUAACAACAACCGCGCCGGCAGUCGUAACCACAUCGGUAAAAGUUCCAAGAUCAACAACAGCGUCGUCGACAUACUCGACUUGGCCGUGCCGCAGUCCAAGGUCAGACCCAUCGACCGGCUGUUGGACAGAUACGACUGGUCGUCCGCGUCAAUGACGCAGCCCGGGGAGUACGACCAUCCGCUGUCUCGUCCAGGCCGACCAGCUCCUUCACCACCGCUUCGACCACCUGCACCGAGUCGACCACCGCCGCCGACGCCACCACCAACAACUCGACCACCUUUGGGCAGUUGGUCCUCGGAAUUUUCAGGCCACAAGCUACCCGUCAGGAAAUCUCUGUGGAAACGAGCAAGGGAGUUGGUGAGCAGAUUUUUCGUACGCACCGCCGCCGCCGUCAGACCUAACGUCGAUUGCUUCUGGUCACACUAA